UCCUUUGCCAGUUCAGUGGUUGUGGGCUUGUGGCGAUGGGGGUGCGCGCGCACCUCCUCGUCGUCCUUUGCAUCCUCGUCGCCGCCACAAGCACGGCUCAGCUAUUGCCGCCACCACCGGUGCUGCCGCCACUCGGCCCGGCACCGCAGCCGAAGCCACCGCUGUUCGGGCGCGCCAUGACGAUGGUGAUCACGGUGGUCGCCGUGGCCGUCGGCGUUCUCUUCCUCCUGCUCUUCUUGUGCGCGUACAUCACCCAGUGCCGGCUCGUCGAGGACCACGACGAGCCGCAAGGGGGGAGCGUCGCGCCGGGCGGUGUGUCCAGGCGGGGGAAGCGCGGGCUGGACCCGGCGGUGGUGGCGACGUUCCCGAUCGUGCCGUACAGGGAGAUCAAGGAGCACAAGAUCGGCAGCGGCGCGCUGGAGUGCGCCGUGUGCCUGACGGAGUUCGAGGACGCCGACGACCUCCGGCUGCUGCCGCACUGCUCGCACGCGUUCCACCCGGACUGCAUCGACCCGUGGCUGGAGACGCGGACCACGUGCCCUCUGUGCCGCGCCAACCUCGAGAAGCCACCGCCACCGGCUGCCGCCCCAGCGCCCUCCUCGCCGCCGCAUGCCGUCGUGGCGAUGCCGGUGCAGCAGGAUGAGCCGAAGGAGGACAGUGACAAGGACGACCGUAAGGAGGAGGCCGCAGAGCUGGAGAAGCUGCGCAGGGAGCGCCGGGCGGCGAGGCUGCUGAGGUCGCACUCGACGGGGCACUCGGCGGGGCAGUGCGACUGCGAGGACCACGAGAGGUUCACGCUGCGGCUGCCGGAGCAGGUGAGGGAGGAGGUGCUCAGCAGGUGCUGCGCGAGGCCCGCUGUGGAGAGCUUGACCGGAGGAGGGUGCGCUGUGGGAGAAAGAGGAGGCAGCUUCCGUGACGCCGGAGGAGCCGCCGCCACCGGCGGCGACUGCAGCCGUGGCGACCGGCGGUGGCAGGCGCUCCUGGCCAGGACGAUGCCGUGGGCCCGAGCCAGGUCGACGCGGAAGGUGCGGGACAGCUCCAUCAGAGAUGACGUCGUGGCCGCCACGACGGCAGCGUCGCCAUGAGCCCAUGACCCAGACGACGUCGACACCUGAACAUUUCGUGUGCUCUUUCCGUUGACUCUGAUGGUGUACAUUCUUUCUGUAAUU